GUUCUUGGCUGAGACAUAAACCGAGGUCGAAAAUUUGGGCUUGACUACAAAUCCCAGGACUACAGGCAGCAUUGGCUGCCUCCUUGGAGGGAGACCCUCGCUAGAGCACCUCCGGGAUUGGCGAGGUGGGCUGCUGCUCUUUCAUUGGCUGGAUUAUUUUGUGCGGAGCUGGCCCCUGACGGAGUCAGUCUGCGUUCAAGUCUCCGCACCCGAGAACGGGAGGUGCCUUUGCUGCUGCGGCGGAGAGGGGCUUCGGCGCUGUCUGAAGAUGACGGUCUUCUUGUGAUCCUCUUGGAAGAGGCGCGCCCGCCUAGGGAGGAGGUCAUGGCGGCAGUCGGGCUCAAGGCUGCGAGCAGCGGCAUCUGGAAGGGCGGCGGAGCUAGCCUGCAACUCGUGGCAGCCGCCGCCUCCAGCCACAGCCGCUGUUCCAAAGCCAGUUACUGCGGUGAAGGCAGCGGCACCGGAGAAGGGCGCCUUGGCUGCGGCCAGCAAAAGGCCCAUCAGCACCAGUCUGCAGGGCAUUCCCAGCCUCCGUCGUCUUCUGUCAGCGGCAAAGCCAAGAGAGCCGCGGAGUCUGGUGGCCAUGCUGCUGCUGCUGCUGCCGCCACAACAACUCACUUGGGCAAUCAGCCCAGCCCCAUCGAGGGGAUCGAUCCCAAGUCUUAUCUAUGGGCCAGAUACCACGAGAUGAAAAAGCUGGUUUACGAUCUCCUUCCUCCAGGGGUCUGCAAUCUUCUUAACCCAGCAGCUAUCUACGCAAAUAAUGAGAUCAGCCUGGGAGAUGUGGAGAUCUAUGGCUUUGAUUAUGAUUACACAUUGGCACAGUAUUCUAAUCUGUUGCAUUCUAUGAUAUUCAACAAAGCCAGAGACAUUCUAAUUGAGCAGUACAAGUACCCGGAGGGACUCAGAAAAUAUGAAUAUAUUCCUGGGUUUGCCAUAAGAGGCCUUCACUAUGAUGUGCACAAGAGUCUUCUGAUGAAGAUUGAUGCUUUCCAUUAUGUUCAGUUGGGUACGGCAUACCAAGGGUUGAAACCAGUGCCUGAUGAAGAGGUUAUCGAGAUGUACGGUGGAACCCAACACAUCCCAUUAUAUCAGAUGAGUGAUUUCUAUGGCAAGGGUCCAGCCAUUAAACAGUUUAUGGACAUCUUCUCCCUUCCUGAAAUGACUCUGUUGUCAUCAGUGACUGACUAUUUCAUGACUCAUAAUAUUGAGUAUGACCAAGUCCAUCUUUACAAGGAUAUAAGUGAUGCCAUUAAAGAUGUCCAUGUGAAAGGAAUGAUGUACAAAUGGAUUGAAAAGGACAUGGAAAAAUAUAUUCUUCAUGGAGAUGAAACUUAUGCUGUCUUAAAUCGACUGGUUAAUCACAACAAAAAACUCUUUCUUAUCACAAACAGUCCCUUUAGUUUUGUUGAUAAAGGAAUGAAGCACAUGGUUGGCAAGAACUGGCGGGACCUCUUUGAUAUGGUCAUUGUGCAAGCAGAUAAGCCCAGUUUCUUCACUGACAGACGCAAACCUUUCAGAAAAAUGGAUGAAAAAGGUUCUCUUCACUGGGACAAAAUAAGCAAACUGGAAAAAGGGAAAAUCUAUAAGCAGGGCAAUCUGUUUGAUUUUCUGCGGCUAACAGGUUGGCGUGGGUCCAAGGUCCUGUAUUUUGGUGAUCACUUGUACAGUGACCUUGCAGAUCUCAUGCUUCGUCAUGGUUGGAGAACAGGAGCCAUUGUUCCAGAACUGGAAACAGAAAUCCGGAUCAUUAAUACAGAACAAUACAUGCACUCUUUGACUUGGCAGCAGGCCCUUACAGGGCUUCUGGAGAGAAUGCAGAUGUAUCAAGAUGCAGAAUCUAAGCAGGUGCUGCUAGAGUGGAUGAAAGAACGACAGGAAAUCAGAUCACUUACAAAGAACCUGUUUAAUCCUCAAUUUGGAAGCAUCUUUCGAACCUUCCACAACCCAACCUACUUUUCUCGAAGACUGAUCCGCUUUUCUGACCUCUACAUGGCAUCCAUCAGCUGCCUGCUGAACUAUGAUGUGAACUUCACCUUUUACCCUCGGCGAACUCCUCUACAGCACGAAGCUCCCCUCUGGAUGGAUCAGCUUUGUACUGGUUGCAUGAAGACACCAUUCUUGGAGGAAAUGGUACAUAUCCGGUAAAAAGAGGCAGGAUAUGCAUGUGUGAUGUGGUUGAAAACAUCCGUGUGAUACAGUUCUCAUGUAUGAGUUGACUGACUGACUGCCCAGCCAUGGAUUGCUACUUGGCUACUUUCUGAAUUAUCGUACUUGCCUCCUAGCACUUCCUAAUAGAUAUGAGAUGAAUGAAUAAGGCUAUACAAGAUAUAUCCUAGAGAAAUCUUUAGCUGAUAAGGAAUAGCCAAGGCUGGAUCAGGAAAGGCACCCACCCUACCCCAAAGGCAUUUGUAUUUGUUUCCAUCAAGUAGUGUCACCUGUAGAGGGAUUCUGCAUAAUUAGUUUCAGAACUGGUACAUACUAUUUAGCCAUGUAAGCCUAGGGCCUAUACACAGGUGAAUAUCAGCUGUGAUAAUAGUAACAAAAUACAACACGUCUGUUCACAGACAAUUUAUAUUUAUACAAUACCUCCAAAGCAAUGAGCUACAUUUUCAUUGCUAUGAAAAUAACCGAAAUUUCAAAUAGUUGUUGUCAACACACAAUGGGCUUGAUAUAAAAAUUUAAUCUAAAUUUGAAGGUACUAACAUUUAAAAAAAAAUAAAAAAAUCAAGUAUGGUAAAGAAACAAUAAAAACUAUAUUAGAUAACAGACUGUGUGUAAAACUGUAAGCGGACAUUAGAUUCAGCUUGCUUGACCCUUCUGGGCAAUACUGAGUCUUCCAUCUUGUAUAUUUAUGGCUGCUGCUCCAAAAUUAAAGUGAGAUCUCUCUAGGCAACAUGCAUUUCUGCUAGAUUGCACGUCACUUGAUUACUUGACGCCCGGUUACUCAUAGCGGAAUGUGUGGACUUACUUCACUGAAAAGCACUGUAUUGUGCCCACGUUAGGGAAAGCUCUCAAACCCCUUAUCUACAGGGAGGGAACCUGAGUAGUCUAUCCUAAGCACAUUUAUUUACAUGAAGGGUUCAGUUGAAAGAACAACUUUCUUCCCUAUUAUGAGGUAGCUUACGAAGCUGCUUGUAAGAGUGCUGCUAAAGUGAUGCUGCACUAGGCUUUCGUUUAGUUAGAGCAGUUGUUCAGAUUCACCCAGAAGAGCCACUUCACUUGAUCACACCUGAAAGAAAGAUUACUCUGACUACAGGGGAGGAAUAGGGGAUGGGGGAUCCAUCAGAGGGUGAGUUGACAUUCCCUUGUCACCAAGGCUGACAUUCUGUGUCUGCAGUAGGGGUCAGGGAUACCUUUGGCAAAUCCAUGGUAGUUCCAUUCUGUCGCAUGCCUUCAUGAGGCUAGAUUACUGUAGUGGGCAAAUAGGGGAGUUGCCUCUGGAAAAACUACUCAGAAACUGCAGCAAAUACCAAAAAACCUGCCUCCAGAGGAGUGAUGAGUCACCAAAACUACCUUAACCAGUGCUAGAGUAUGAACUGGCUUCUUACUGUUUCUGGCCCCAACUGAAGAUGCUAGUUCACAAAGCAUGCAGUGGUAGAGGAGUGCUGUAUUCCUGUGGGCACACAAAAUUGCAUGCCAUGAGAGUAAGCCCAUUACUUCAAUAGGGCUUAGUCUUGCACAACACUCACAGUUGUGCAACUAGCAUCCCUGCAAGAGUACUAUGCUCCCAUAUGCCUGUGUGGUAUGUGAGCUGCUAGAUCUUACCCAUAUCUUAGGCCUAACGUGCCUUGGAUUGCCCUCUUUGCUAUGGGUUGACACUAGCUGGGCAGUCCUUGGUGCCUGGCAGACUUUCUGUAACUCCUCUCUCUUGGAUACUCAACAAAUGCUUGACAGAGCAUUUCAGGUGGGCAGAGGGUUUUUAUACUUUCAAUUUGACUGAAUUUUACAAUGGGAUAUUUUUAAUGCUGCUUUAGUUAUUUAUAGACAUUAAAUCAUAAAGAAGGCUGCUCAAAUUGAUUUCAGCAGUAUGAAAAAUAUUAUCAAGCUCUUUCUUAUGAAUUGAAACAGUAUGUCUAUGCGGGAGAUAGUAAAUACAUUAAGAAAAGUUUGAAUAUAUUAAUAUAAUGCCAAAGAAGUCAUAUUGCCAGAUUCUAUAAUUUACUAUGAUACCAAUUUAUACUUUGUCAGGGGCACACCAAUGCUGCUACUGUAGUAGAAUACAUGACAUGAUGCUGUUUAGGACUAAGGUGCCAGGCUCAUCUACUAUACUUUUAUUUCUAAUUUCCUAGACUAACUUCUCAGAGUUCUGCCUAUUAUUAUAUUCAAAACCACUGACUUAGAUAAACUCAUUUCCUGAAACAAUUUUUAAACUAACUGAAGCAACAUAGUGGCUGACCUACUGCACAACAAUGUCACCCAAGUACUAUUGCGUUUCUGCAAUUUGCAUAAGCACAAAAUGUGCAGAGACUGUAUUAUACAUGAGUAAACUCCUGACAUUUCUGCAAGUUGCACAAACAAUGUUACUAAGCUGCCGAAGCCUUGUGCAACAGCUCAGCUAGUAGUUCAGAAGUCAUAAGACUAUGCAGCAGCCACAACAAACACACGUCAUUUUAUCAUUCCAAUUCUGCAGAUUAAGGCUAUGCAUAUCAAACUGCUGCAGGGCCAUUUUAAGUCUUCUAUUGCUUAAUGGCAGUCACAAUAACAUUGCCUUGUAGAAUGCAUGCAGACCAUAAGUUCUGUAGGUUGCCAAAAAAUGUUGUUUGCCUGCCAGCUAAUCUGAGAUGGGUACUGAGAAGCAGUGAGUACAUGCAUGCCUAUUUCACAACUGUAUGUGUUCCAGAAAGCUACAAGCAAGUGUAAAAAUAUGCUCAUGGUACACAAUGACUACAUACAAGUGGCUUUCUUACAUAAAGUGGUGUGUAGCCUUGGGUAACUUUUUAGGACUACAACUCCCAUAAUCUCUGGCCUUCAGUCAUUCUGGUUGGGGAUGAUGGGAGAUAAAGAGUGCAAAAACCAAUUGCUCAAGACUGAUAUGUAGGAUAAAGUCAAAUAUAGCUACCCUGAGUAGCAGUAUGCCUCUGGAACCACUGAUGAACACUGCUCUGCACACCCCACACCCUUGGGAGCAGGGUGUGCUCUCCAGUACAAACAUCUGCCUUCUGUGGUCCACUUAAGGUAUACAUACCUGUGAAAGAAGCAGGGAAGCCAAAACCAUGAAAGGUACAGCCCUAUUACAAAGUUGAUCUUGGAAGCAAGUGCUGUAGUGGGUUACAGUAUACUACCUACCUGUUCCAUGAGAUGUGUAAACUGUCUAUUGAGUAUGAUGUCAUAAAGGGUCACACUAAGCACUUGGGAGAAGCAACAAGCAAUGAAACUGUCCAGCAGUCUCUGCAAAUGCUCCUUCUCCACUCCUGCUUUAGUUCUGAGACAGAGUUAGAAUUUCACUGUUUAAAGAAAAGCAUAUUUUGGUGGUGUUUAAGUGCACUUAGCAUUUCUGAAACAAGUUAAGGCGGCAUGAUGUUACAUCACUCAAUUUCCUUUUGAACUUGCCUCUUAGAAUGAUAUGUCAACUUUAUAUUCAACAAAUGAAAUAAAAUGUCUGAGCAACCAAUAUAGUUGUUCCUGUACUAUAAAAUCAGCCUCUGUUUGGGGGGCUGACGUUAGAACAUCAGUUAAAUGUUUUAAUGUUUUAAGCAGGAAGGUUAGCCAAAGCUGAUAGCAAGCCAUGUACAUGGAAGAACUAAUUAAUAUUUGACCAAAUAGUUGCAAGGAUUAAUUCAUUGAUUUUCAGUUCUUGUCUGAAAUCCCUAGGACAGUGGUUCCCAACCAGGGUCACAAUCCUUGGGGCUAAUUUUAAGGCUUGGGAGGGGUACAUGGAACCCUCCUGUCUCCUCCACUCACUGACUCAUGAUUAAGAUGCAGCUCCGUGGCCAAUAGGACUUGGCUAUUACAGCCACUGGCUUAUAUCCAGAUUAAGUUAUUAUGAGUUGUGCUAUUGAAGUUAAUGGGACAAGUUUACUUGUCCUCUUUCAAGGGGAGUACUCAUGAGUAACUUAGUCUGGAUGUAUGGCAGUGACUAACAGCCUAUCUCACAACACAUAACAUGUAUGUGUGUAUGUUCGCGCUCUCUUUAAAUCCCUAUAAGGUACCUGAGCUGAAGAUUUCAGACAAAAGGGUUAAAAAAAAUAAAUUGAAACCCCAUAGCCUAAGGGUAUCAGUUCACUUGCUAACCUGUUCAUUGGAUUCCUUGGUUUAAACAGUGAUGUUGACAAAAGUUACUACAACUAGUCCAUGAGCCAGGCCCACAAUCAGUACCAUCUCAGGGGACAAAGGCUCAUAGUGAUUUUUUUUUUAUGGCAAAGUCUAUCCCCCUAGCGAUGGAAAGUAGGUGAUAGCAUUGUUCUCCUUGCAGCCUUCUGUGCACUACCCCGCCUUCUUUAUCCCUACCCCCCAAACAAUUAGGGAUAGGGAUAAAGGGAUACAUCUCCUCUUUCCUGCAGAGGGAAGGGCUGGGGUAACAAUGGACUAAUUGUACUCUUUCUAAUUUUCAUUUCCAUCCCUCUGACAUCGGUAAAAUUUUAUAGCAGUUUUCGUGUUAAAAACGUUAAGUUUUAAAAACACGAUUGCAAAUUUGGCUGCUGCAUGCCCGAUGGUCAGGGCAAUAGAGGUGUGAUAGCAUUGUAAUGCUUUGUAUGUUAUCACCUAUUUUCCAUCUCUGGGGGGUGAAGACCUUCUCAAAUUGCAGUGAGCAUCCAUCCCCUGGUGGUACCAACCACCCCAGCUGACUCGUGUACGAAACAGUUCUCUUAGAACAUCUCUAAAUCUGAAACUAACAUUCUGGGUCAUAAAUUGCUUGGAUUAUAUUAGCUUAGCUCUUCUUUAGGAGUAGGUUACUCUGCACAACUGGCUUGGAAACUGAAAAACCAUUUGGAUUUUUACAGAAAUAGACACAACAGUUAAACCUGGUUCAAAAGUCUGUUCCCCAAACAAACCCUGUGUAGGUUUGCACAAUGCCAAAAGUGAAUGGAUGCACUUUGUUUCCUGUAUCCUGGACUAACAUGAACAUUAAACACACUGGCUUACAAACUGUACAUGAUGGUUAUUUCCAAUGGGCUUACUUUCAUGUAACAUCAUUGCACAAUUUUCACGUUGUCACAACAGCAUCCUUGCAACAGUACUAGGUCCCAUACUAUUGUGUGGUUAUGUGAGCCACUGUGCAGGAUUUGUGGUGUUUUGUUCCAAGUGUCACUGAAAGUGUAGAAUGUUGUGUCUAUUGUUGUGGUUGCUACUGUAGAUUACCACUUAUUUUUUACAAAAAUAAAGUCUCUCAAAAUGGAAUAAUUCUUUCCUCUUAA